AUGUCUGAUGACAUGACGGAUGCCACAACUGAUCCCGCCCUCGUGGCCGCGACAGCAUCACAUCUCGCCCAGCAGCCCGAGGAACAUGUCCCCGACGAUUCACCCGCGACUACACCACCCAAGGAGCGACAUUCCUUGACGCUCGAUCAACGCCGCACUCUGCGCCGCUGGGCCAACAACCAACCCAUCCGCCCCUCUCACAAGGCCUGCAUCGAGUGGUUCUUCUCCCAAUACGGCCAGAAUAUCAGCCAAUCCACCGUCUCGCAUUCGCUCUCCCCCAAGUACUCGCGACUCGACGGCGAUAACCCGCAGCUCUCCGGAUCGCGACUUCGCUUCGGCAAUUGGCCCGAUGUCGAGAAGCUUGUUCUUCUCUGGUACCAGCAGGUCCAGGCGUCGGGGCGGCAGCCUACGAACGAGGAACUCGGCGAAAAGGCAAAAUCCAUCUUUACCCAGCUGCCCCGCUACAAGGACGAGAACGCGCCCGAGUUUUCCCCCGGCUGGAUCCACCGAUUCAAGAAACGGUACGGUCUGCUUGUGCGCCGACAACGGAGGCACGGCGACGGUGGAAUGAACCCGGCCGAGGACAUCGACUACCUCGCCGACUGCGUUUCGCGCGUCAUGACCAUUCAAUCCGACACGAGUCCGGCGGCGAUCAAGGAACAGGUCCUGCGCGCCGUCGGCGUCGAGGCGACUCUGAAUACCUGUGCCCUCGUUCGCGACGAAAUCAUCCGCAGAAUAUCGGCAGCAAACGGCCUAGCAGACACACCUUCGGACGGCCAAUCAAACCACCUUGCCUUACCUGGCCCUCCAACCUCACCACCACCAGAGCAGCACAUGUAUGCCGAUGAUGACCCCGAGGUCGUGCUGCAGAAUGCGCUCCGCCAGCUUCAGCAGGAAGAGAUGGCCGCCGAGGAGCAGGCCGCUGCCGUGCGCGAGGAACGUGAGCAGCAGGAGAGGGCCGGCAUGCAAUCUGCCACGAAUCUGCUCUCCACUCCCGGAGGCCGAUCGUCAUCCGACCCGCGAUACGCAACGCCCACCCACGACAUGGCGGCAGACCUGACUUUGACUCCCAUCAAUUCCGACGCCCCAGUCUCGUCCCUCGACCGACCCCUGCGGUGCCCGUUCUGCGUAAAUCAACGCAUGCUGCGAACGAUACGGGAAGCGGUUGAGCACAUGUCCACCCAUGUUAUCGUUUGA